AUGGAAAAGGGAAAUCACUCGGAGGCGACUGAGUUCAUUCUCUCAGGACUGACAGAUCGUCCGGAGCUGCAGGUCCCUCUGUUUGGGGUGUUCCUACUGAUUUAUGGUAUCACCCUGAUGGGGAAUGGGGGGAUAUUCUUGUUAAUCAUGAUUGACCCACGACUCCACACCCCCAUGUACUUUUUCCUCAGUAAUUUGUCUUUCUGUGACCUCUGCUAUUCCUCGAUAAUUUCCCCUAAGAUGCUGCUGAAUUUCUUAGCCGAGAGGAAAAGCAUUUCUUACACUGCCUGCGCUGUGCAACUGUAUCUCUCUGUCCUUUUUGCAGAUGUUGAGUGCUUCUUGCUGGCUGUGAUGGCGUAUGACCGUUAUGUGGCCAUCUGUAACCCACUGCUCUAUACGGUCACCAUGUCCAGGCAGCUUUGUAACCAGCUGGUGGCUGGGGUGUACGCUGUGGGGUUGGUGGAUUCAUUGAUACAAACGUGUUUUACAUUUCGGCUGUCAUUCUGCAGCUCCAACAUCAUCGAUCAUUUCUUCUGUGACAUCCCCCCACUGUUGGCGCUCUCCUGUUCUGACACCCGCAUCAAUGAGAUUCUGAUGUUUGCUAUCAUGUGCUGCACUGGAGUGGGCAGCCUUGUGACUGUGAUCAGCUUUGUGCCUGUCCUCCUCUCCUAUGUCUAUAUCAUCUCCACCAUCCUGCAGAUCCGCUCUGCCAAGGGCCAGCACAAAGCCUUCUCCACCUGCUCUUUCCACUUGACCGCUGUGGUCCUGUUUUAUGGCAUCCCACUUUUCAUGUAUUUACGUCCCCUCUCCAGCUAUUCCAUGGACAUAGACAUAGUGGCUUCAGCGUUUUACACGCUGGUGAUGCCCAUGUUGAACCCCCUCAUCUACAGCCUGAGGAACACGGAGGUGAAGAACGCCCUGAGGAAAGCAAUGAAUAAACUCCUAACCAAUUCUUAA